AUGGCUUUUAACGUCCUCUUCGCUACCGCUGUCCUGUGUCUGACGGCUCUGUCCCUUUCCGUCGCAUUCGCGGAAGAAAUUAAACCGAUAGACGAGCCUUGUCUGGGAUGCCUUUGCGAAGCCAACGGCGAGUGUUCGCCCCACAUGAAGUGCAGAGGAGAGGUGUGCGGUAUGUUCGGUAUAACGUGGGCGUAUUGGUCUGAUUCGGGAAGACCGGUUAUACAAGGAAGUCAACCAACCGACUCGGACGCGUACCAGAAAUGUGCCAACGAUGCUACAUGCGCCAGAACAUCAGUAAUAGGUUACAUGAAGAGAUUCGCUCAGGACUGCAACAACGACGGAGUCGUCGACUGCUACGAUUACGCGGCCAUCCACAAGAUGGGAGGUUUCGGAUGUAAAUCACACCUACCCCAUGAUUACCAGAUACGAUUUAAGGCUUGCCAACUCAGUCUUAAAGAACUAUCGGGAUAA